CUUCUCUCUCUCUCUCUCUAAGGGACACACAGACAGAUCCUCGUUUGUGACGAUCUCUUGCUAGAUUGCUCAUCUUCAAUGCUUUAACGCACCCAUCUUCCCGUUUCUUCAGGUUUUAGAUCCUUUUUGGCACCUCUCCUCCGGGAUCUCACGGCUUUUGCAGCCAAUUUCGGAUUUAUAAUUUUAAAGGCGUUGUAUUGAUUGUUAGAGAUCUCAUUGGUGGGUUUAGCUGAAAAAGUAGUUAGAUUGAGAUUGGGAGAAGAGAAUGGCGUCUAUUUCUACUCUUUCAGCGGCAUUAUCUGGUACUUCGGCGUCUGAUCUUCUUCGAAGCUUGAGUAAUGGCGUUAGUGGUAUCCCUUUGAGGGCUCUGGGAAGAGCGCGAUUAAACCCAGGAAGGAAAGCCAUUUCAGUUAGUGCAAAGUUAAGGAAGGGUAAGAAGCACGAGUAUCCAUGGCCGGAUGAUGCGGAUGAGAAUGUCAAGGGUGGAGUUCUUACUCAUCUCUCACAUUUCAAGCCUCUGAAAGAGAAGCAGAAGCCGGUUACUCUUGAUUUUGAGAAACCACUUGUUGUUCUUGAAAAGAAGAUUAUCGAUGUGCGGAAAAUGGCUCAUGAAACUGGUCUAGACUUCAGUGAUCAGAUUCUUUCGUUAGAAAAUAAAUAUCAACAGGCUUUAAAGGAUUUAUACACUCAUCUGACUCCUAUACAACGUGUUAAUAUAGCUCGACAUCCUAACAGGCCAACUUUCCUCGAUCACGUGUUCAAUAUCACUGAAAAGUUUGUUGAACUUCAUGGAGAUCGGUUAGGGUACAACGAUCCUGCUAUUGUUACUGGCAUAGGAACCAUUGAUGGGAGAAGAUACAUGUUCAUGGGUCACCAAAAGGGUAGAAACACAAAAGAAAAUAUUCAGCGGAACUUUGGAAUGCCUACUCCGCACGGUUAUCGGAAAGCACUUCGCAUGAUGUACUACGCAGAUCACCACGGGUUCCCAAUUGUUACUUUCAUUGAUACGCCAGGUGCAUUUGCGGACCUCAAAUCUGAGGAACUGGGCCAAGGUGAGGCUAUUGCUCACAAUUUGAGGACUAUGUUUGGUCUCAAGGUACCAAUCAUUUCAAUUGUCAUUGGAGAAGGAGGCUCUGGCGGUGCCCUGGCAAUCGGUUGUGCCAAUAAGUUGCUCAUGCUCGAAAGUGCAGUUUUCUACGUCGCCAGUCCUGAAGCCUGUGCUGCAAUCUUGUGGAAAAGUGCAAAAGCUUCUCCACAGGCAGCAGAGAAGCUAAAAAUUACUGCACCAGAGUUGUGCAAAUUACAAAUUGCCGAUGGCAUUAUCCCUGAACCCUUGGGUGGCGCGCAUGCAGAUCCUGCUUGGACCUCGCAACAAAUAAAGAUUGCAAUAAAUGAGACCAUGGAUGAGCUUUUGAAGAUGGACACGGAAGAACUAUUGAAGCAUCGAAUGCUGAAAUUCCGUAAAAUUGGAGGGUUUCAAGAAGGCAUUCCAAUCGAGCGAAAAAGGAAAGUUAACAUGAAAAAGAAGGAAAAACCCAUUAGAAUGAAGUCAGUUCAGGAACCGGAGACUAAGGUGAAAAAAGUGAAACAAAAAUCAGUGAAAGCUAAGGAAUCCUCCAUUGGGAAUUCAGAUUUAGAUCUGAAUAAGAUGAUUGAAAAAUUAAACAAAGAAGUUGAUUUCGAAUUUUCUGAGGCAGUAAAGGCCAUGGGCUUAAAGGACAGGCUUGCUGCGCUGCGAGAAGAAUUUUCAAAAGCAAAGUCACUGGACCGACUUAUCCAACCAGCAUUGAAAGAUAAAAUCGAGAAGCUUAGCGAUGAAUUCAACCGGGGGCUGUCUAAAGCUCCCAACUACGAGAAUCUGAAGAAUAAACUCGAAAUGCUAAAGAAUUUAUCUGAAUCCAAGGCUCUCUCAGUUAAGGAUGUUAAGGAGGAGACCCCAUUGAAGCAGGAAAUCAACAAAAAAUUUGCAGAGGUUCUGGGUCGAUCUGAUGUACGGGAGAAAUAUGAAGCGCUGAGGGCCGAAAUCGCAAAUUCAGGGGCAUCUACAUAUAUGAAUUUGGACCCCGAACUGCAAAAGAAAAUUGAUAAAGUAAAGAUGGAAAUACAAGGGGAGUUGUCGGAUGCCCUCAAGUCCUUGGGUUUAGAUGUUGAGGUACUAACGUCAAAAGCAGAAGGCCUAAGCGGGCAGGCUUCAUUGUCUCUGUUCAAACCAAAGAUAAAAGAGUUGAAUGAGGAAAUUAAUCAGGGAAUUGAAAGCGUUGCAAGCAGAACAGAUCUAAAAGAUAAGAUUGAAUUACUGAAACUUGAGGUAGCCAAGGCUGGAAAGACACCAGAUACAACCUCAAGAAACAAAAUUUUGGCUUUGGAGCAGCAAAUAAAGCAGAGCCUUGCUGCUGCACUGGAUUCUUCAGACUUGAAGAACAAACAUGAAAAACUGAUGGAAGAGAUAUUAGAAACUGCAGAAUCUUCAGCAGGGUUGGAUCCAAAAGAAAAUGAUGGAGAUGCUAGAAUUCAGACUAAUUUGGGUGCUGAGCAUACCUUCGCUUAAUUGUUUUAGUUGCCAGUAUACAAGAGCAGGACCAUGUUUAAGAAGUUGCAUGUAACAGGAAACUAGUUAGAGCGUCCUCAUCGGCCAGAAAACCAAGUUAUCCGUUCCCGCUUCUAACCCUUAUUCAACGUCGCUUGAUUUUGAUAGGUUACAAGAUUUAGGGUCAGCAGGAGCAGGAAGGACACGGCAGGGCUGCUACAUUUUCUUCUUCCUGUUUUCAGGGGGCUUUUCUUUUCUAAAUUGAGCUAUUUUUCUGGCUUGUUGCUGUGUUUCUUCUUUUUCUAUUAAUAGAUCUAGAUAGCUUUGUAUAGAUUGCUAGAUUGUUUUGGAGACUAAUAAUGCAUUGCAAACUCUUUAAAAUGUUUGUUUAGAAACUAAACAUCCUGGUUGGAACAUUACAAUAAGUUUAUAGGCAAAGUAGCUUCUCUUUUAA